CUAAAGCCGCUGCCUCCCGCACUGUUGCUGAUCCCGGCAUAUUCGCGCGUGACCCAAUAAUUUUCGCGUCGCGUCUGCACAUUGCGCGGCCGCGGCCAGCUGCACAUCGCGGUGGAUCGAGGUGCGCGGGGCCCACCAUUGUCCCUCCUGUGCUCUCGCCGUGAUGAAGACCGCCGUGGCGUGCGUCUCGCUGCUGCUCUGCGCGCGCUGCUGCGCGGCCGCCGCCCCCGGUGAGACGGUCAACACCUUCCUCAACGAGAACGCCCACGACAUCAUCCGCGAGGUGAAGCCGCAGUUCGCCCAGGAGAUCGACCGCGUGGUGCGGCGGUGCUUCUCCGAGGCCAUCUCGACCCUGCCCGUGGACUUCCAGGGCUUCCAGCUGCUGGCCGCCAAGGGCGACAAGGGCGGCAAGGGCGGCAAGGGCGGCCCGCCCGGCGAGGACGACAAGCCGGCCGACAAGCCCAAGUGAAUCACGCCAGCAGCCGCGGACCCGCUACCCGACUUGUGACUGUAUUUAUUUAUUGUAUAAUGAUAGCAAAUAAAUAUUUUUUUUACUGAA